GACGAGGAAAGCUUUGGCGAGAGAACGAAAAUGAGACGGCGACCAGGAAUCGGCGGCCUACAGACGGCUGCCAAUGCUAGGGAUCAAUAUCGGCUCCUGGGUGAAAAUGUGGCCAAGCUAAGAACCGACCUUAUGAAAGAGCAGCUCGCCACUUUCCGAUCUCAGCUGGAAGAUUUUGCCCGCAAACACAAGAAUGACAUUCGCAAGAACCCAACAUUCCGGGCACAAUUCCAUGAGAUGUGUGCUAAAGUAGGAGUGGAUCCGUUGGCCUCAAAUAAGGGAUUCUGGGCAGAGCUGCUGGGAAUUGGUGACUUCUAUUAUGAACUUGGGGUACAAAUUGUUGAGAUAUGUUUAAACACGAGAUCUCAUAAUGGAGGUCUGAUAAACCUGCCUGAGCUCUGCAAUCUACUUCGCCAGAGGAGGAAAGGUGAUCGCGGAGCUGUGACUGAGGAUGACUGCUUGCGUGCUAUAAGUAAACUUAAGGUAAUGGGGAGUGGUUUCGAGGUUAUAUCUGUUGGCAAGAAGAAGUUGGUUCGGUCUGUGCCAACGGAACUGAACAAAGACCACAACGAAAUUUUGGAAUUGGCUCAGGCGCAAGGCUUUGUAACUGUUGAUGAGGUGGAAAGGCGCCUAUCAUGGACAACUGGUCGAGCCAUUGACGCCUUGGAUACACUCUUAGAGGUGAAGCUUCUGCUGCUUUUUACCACGUCAUGCAUUCCAGAACUAGAAUACAAUUGUUCACUCACGAUUCUUAUUGACUGGUGCAGGAAGGGCUUGCCAUGAUCGACGACGGCCACAGGGAUUGCAAGCGAAGAUACUGGUUCCCCUGUGUCUCCUCCAUCUCCUUUUUGUUUCAUGUUUCCAGUCCAUGCUUGGAUGCAAAAUGUUGUUGAUGUUGUACAAACAAUUUCAACUUUUGCUUAUCUUAAAGCAAAUGAAUACAGGAUGCAGAAGAACGGAUGGAAUGAGGUAAUAUAGUAGAGCUAUGCAACUACAAAAACAUUUCAUUCAUUUUUUCCUAGUGCAACAUUUGAUUGUCU